AUUUUCCACAAAACGAAGGGCUAGAAAUUUCUGGGUCACACACAUUUUCAGGUUUAAGCGCACAAACAAACUACUUUUCAAAGCUGUUUAAUGGUAAUUUCGUUAUUAUUAAGAUUCAAAUCUAAAAGAAUCGAUGAUUGCUUGCUUCUUCAAUUCACUCCCAUAAUUUUAAGAACACACUACAUUUACUUAUAUAUAGUAUAUAUAUAAAUAUAUACAUACAUACAUGUAUGCAUAUUUUGGUUCGAGAAUCUUCAUUUUGCUUGCAGCAGCUUCAUGAAUUAUCCAACGCUCUAAGCAAAAACCCUAACUUUCUCAUUGGAGCAUCAAGGUUUUUUUAAUGGCAGACCUCAAAGAACGCCUGCUCCCACCGAAACCUGCAUCAGCUGUAAAUCUUAGAGACCAAUCUUAUCGGCCUUCUGCCUCUGGGCGUCAACCUUUUCAAGGUGUGGAUGUUCUAGGCUUGAAAAAGCGUGGCCAAAGCCUUCGAUCAUGGAUUCGUGUUGAUACGUCUGGGAACUCCCAAGUCAUUGAGGUUGACAAGUUCACUAUAAUGCGUCGUUGUGAUCUUCCUGCCCGUGAUCUACGCUUGCUUGAUCCAUUAUUUGUUUACCCCUCAACAAUCCUUGGCAGAGAGAAGGCCAUUGUUGUAAAUCUGGAGCAGAUUCGGUGUAUUAUCACAGCUGAUGAGGUUCUGCUUUUGAAUUCCCUUGAUAGCUAUGUAUUGCACUAUGUAGUUGAGCUACAACGGCGAUUGACAACUGCAGGGGUAGGUGAGGUUUGGCAGUCAGAAGGUAAUGACUCAAGCAGAAGAAGAGGAAAGAGGAAUUUUGAUGAUAUGUUUGGUAACAUGUCGCCUGAUUACUUGCCGUUUGAGUUUAGAGCUCUUGAAAUAGCUCUGGAGGCUGCUUGUACAUUUCUUGAUUCUCAGGCAGCUGAAUUAGAAAUUGAAGCAUAUCCAUUGUUAGAUGAACUUACAUCAAAGAUCAGUACCCUAAACUUGGAACGUGUGCGUCGACUAAAAAGCAGACUUGUUGCCUUAACUAGACGAGUUCAGAAGGUUAGAGAUGAGAUAGAGCAGCUAAUGGAUGAUGAUGGAGAUAUGGCUGAAAUGUAUCUCACUGAAAAGAAAAAGAGGAUGGAGUCAUCGUUCUAUGGUGAUCAAUCUUUGAUGGGAUACAGAUCAACUGAUGGUGUGCUGUCUGUUUCUGCACCAAUUUCUCCCGUUUCCUCACCCCCCGAGGGUAGGAAGCUCGAGAAAAACUUGAGCAUUGCCAGGAGCCGACAUGAGAGCAUGAGGAGUUCAGAAAGUGCUACAGAGAACAUUGAAGAACUGGAGAUGUUGUUGGAGGCAUAUUUUGUUGUCAUUGAUAGCACCCUUAAUAAGCUGACAUCGCUGAAGGAGUACAUUGAUGACACAGAAGAUUUCAUCAAUAUUCAGCUGGAUAAUGUCCGAAACCAGCUUAUCCAAUUCGAGCUGUUGCUUACAACUGCAACAUUUGUGGUUGCCAUAUGUGGCGUCGUGGCGGGUGUAUUUGGUAUGAAUUUUCCAAUAGCAUUGUUUGAUGACGAAGGUGCAUUCAAGUGGGUCCUAAUAAUCACAGGAGUAAUCGCUUUUGUCAUAUUUUGUUCAUUUUUGUGUUUUUUCAAGUAUAAAAGAUUGAUGCCUUUGUAGAUGGUGAAGGAAAUUGCAACCUCUUGAAGCCAAAAAACACGGUGAGUGCUAUAUUGUCAUCAUUUACUUUCGUGGUAGACAAAAGAAAGGAAGAAGGAGGAGGAAAUGAAAAGGUGGGCUCGCUGUAAACCUUAAGAGCAAUUCUUUCUAUGUAGUUGAAGAGUACAUAGUUUGGUUGUAUAAAUUCUCCCCUGUUGAGUUCCUCUGUAUUAUCUAAACUGCAGCAAGCUUUUUUUAUCAUCCUGGAAAAUGCCUGGAUGUAUUUCUGGAGGGGAACUGGGUAGCACAGUACAAUUUAAUUUUUGUUUCUCUUGGGGGAAGACAUUUUCUUGCGGGAAAUAUUUUUGUAAUUUUUUUUUUAUUUAUAUUUACUGUUUGUACUUGUGGUGGCAGCGGA